CCGGCCGGGCAGCUCAGCCCACGCUCCCCGCUCCGCCCCCGGGCCGUGCCGGGCGGGUCCCGGCGGGGACAGGCGGCGGCAGCGGCACAGCGGGAGCCAUGGAGGCGGCCGCCGACUGCCUCAGCCCGGCCGCCCAGCAGCAGGCUGAAGCGAGGCUCGCGGCGAAGCGAGCGGCGCGGGCAGAGGCACGGGAGAUCCGAAUGAAAGAACUGGAGAGACAGCAGAAGGAGAUCUAUCAAGUCCAGAAGAAAUAUUAUGGUCUGGAUACUAAGUGGGGAGACAUCGAGCAAUGGAUGGAAGACAGUGAGCGUUAUUCCCGUAGAGCCCGAAGAAAUGCCUCGGCUUCGGAUGAAGAUGAGCGCAUGUCAGUGGGUAGCCGUGGAAGCCUGAGGUCUCAUUUGGAGUAUGCCAGCACCUACCCAGUGGCUGGAUUAGAGAAUGAGAGGACCAAAAAGAAGAACUACUCCAAAGCAACCAAUGGUUAUGAGGAAGACCUGUAUGGAUCAUCCCAGAGUAGAAAAUCUAGCAGGCCCUCCCUGCUGUACAGCGAUGCCCUGCCAGCCAGAAGUUACAGGGCGUCUGUGUACGAGGAGAGCGUUUACAGUGGGAGCCGUCGGUAUAGUGCCCCUAGUUCUCGUGCUCCUUCUGAGUACAGCUGCUACCUUGGUUCGGGAUCUCGGGCAUCCUCAAGAGCCAGCUCUGCUCGGGCCAGCCCAGUGAUUGAAGAAAGGCCAGAAAAAGAAUUUGAGAAGGGAGCGCGAACUGUCUCAAGUUUAUCAGCAGCUACCUUGGCUUCUCUGGGCGGGACUUCUUCACGGAGGGGCAGUGGGGACACAUCCAUCUCAGCCGAUACAGAGGCAUCUAUUAGAGAAAUCAAGGACUCUCUAGCUGAAGUUGAAGAGAAAUACAAGAAGGCUAUGGUGUCAAAUGCUCAGCUAGACAAUGAAAAAACCAAUUUCAUGUACCAAGUCGACACCCUGAAGGAUGCACUGCUAGAGUUAGAAGAACAGCUGGCAGAAUCCAGGAGGCAAUAUGAAGAAAAAAGUAAAGAAUUUGAGAGGGAGAAGCAUGCUCAUAGCAUAUUGCAGUUUCAGUUCAUGGAAAUCAAAGAGGCUUUGAAGCAAAGGGAAGAAAUGCUUGCAGAAAUCCAACAGCUGCAACAGAAACAGCAGAGCUAUGUCAGGGAAAUUUCCGACCUUCAGGAGACAAUAGAGUGGAAAGACAAAAAAAUAGGGGCGCUAGAGAGGCAGAAAGAUUUCUUUGAUUCCAUAAGGAGUGAGCGGGAUGACCUUAGAGAUGAAGUGCUUGUGCUGAAGGAGCAACUGAAGAAACAUGGAAUAAUCCCCGACUCUGAUGUAGCCACCAAUGGGGAGACAUCAGACAUUCUUGAUAACGAAGGACACUUGGAUUCUUCCAGAACUGUUCCAGGCACAACUCAGGCAUUAAAGACAGGAGGGGAGGGGAUGCUAGGCAAAGCCAAUGAAGUGGAGAUGAAAAAUGAGAUUUUGGAGGAUGUGGGGAAAAGAGAAAUCAUGCAGAAUACUGAGCAUGAGGAACACAAAGAGGAGUUUGAGGAGCAGGAAGUACAGACAUUGCAUGCUGCUGAAAAUGCAAAGGCAGAAAAAAUGGUUGAAGAAUGUGACGCCCUGUCAACAGUGAUGCUCCGAGAUAGUGGGUUUGCAGAGCAAGCUCAAAGCCUUACAGAACCUGUGUCAGGGAGCACUUCUUCCAACAAUGGUAGUGACACAGAUGAUCUGAGAAAGGUGACAGAGUCCACGGGCACAGUGGCCCAGCAGCCUGACAGUAUGGAGGCUGAACACCAUGAUUCGAGUGGAGGGACAAAUGAGAAUUCGGAGGUGGGCUCUCUGCAAGGCCAUCAGGUUUCUGAGACUUCUCAGGAAAUGCUUUGUGACUUGGGUACAGAGCAGGAACUGGGAGAAGCUGCACCCAAGCAGGAAGAACAAGAGGAUCUUAAAACUAGCCAUGACCUAAGUGAUAAUGAAAUGGACCAAGAAGCCAACAGUACAAGUGAGAACAGUGAGCUGGUUUCUAACCAGGCGGGACUACCAGAGGGUGCUGUGGGAGGCUUGCUUAGGGAAGAGGGAAAUGUGGAGAGUCCCCCUCCACAGGAACUCCAGCACUCAGAAGAAAGUGCUGAAAACAAGGUUACAGAUGUCUUGGAGGAAAAGCUUGUUGAAAGCAAAGACUGCACUGACGGAAGAACUGAUGAAAUAGGAGGGGAUAGAGCUGAAGAAGAAAAUGAGGUUGGGAACGCAGUUCAGGGUCAGACAAGGGAAACUGAGCCUGUGGGUGUGGAGGGGAUGGAGUCCUGUGAAAGGGGUGUCUCAGCAGAGUCCCUUCAAAAGGAAUGUGGAGGAUAUCAGGCAUUCACCCAGCCAGUGUCAUCAGGGGACAGCCCUUCAGCCUCAUCAGAGGAACACAGUACACAAGAUAAAACAGAAUUUGAAAAUGCUACAGCUGAGAAGGACAGACAGAAGGAAGAACUAAUGGAAGAGCUGGAGAAGUGUUCAGGUUCUGCAGAAACAGGGGAGCAAGAUAAGGUAUCUGUGGAGGCAGAGGGCUGUGUUCCUGAGGUAGAAGGAAGUGUGCAGGCACAGCCAGGCACUGAUGUUGUGAAAGAGGUGAUGGCUCAGGAAACCAGUUUAGACCCAAGUCUUUCAGAUGAUAAAAUUAAGGAGUCGGAAUUGGAAACAGGGGAUGAAUCUGGAAAAGGAAAGGAAAGUAGGACAGAAUGGGUAGAAGAUUUAAAGCCAAAGGUAGAAGUUCAAACAGUUCAGUGUAGUGAAGGAACAGCAGGUAGUACAGGAGAGAAAAAUAUACCCUUAGAAGGUGAAGUGCAGAAGGUGGUCAAACAAGAGGAAGGUGAAUCUAAAGAGGAGUCAAGUGUAGGUGUUAGUGUAACUACUGAAAACAAAGCUGAUAAAGAAACACUGGAAGAAAAUGAGCAAGAAUUAGAGCUUGCAGACCACCAUGGUGAGGAACUUGCUUCUGAGGAAGGUGCAAAUAAUUCCCUGGCACAGAAGACUGAGCAGGAUGACAAAGUUAGUGAACAAGUUAAAUUGGAGGGUCAAGCAGAAGAAGGCCUGGAGGAUGAUGGCAAUGCAUUUGAUUUUGAUGAAGAGUCAAAUCAAAUACUAGAAUCUGAUGAAAAAUGUGAUGGAGAGAAAACUGAAACACAGAAAGAAGAGGGUGAUGGAGCAAAUGGUAAUGUUGGAAAAACUGCCCACAAAGACAAAGCUGGAGAGGGAAGAGAUGAAAUGGAAACCAAAGAUGCCUUGACCAAAGGCGACAGCUUGCAGCAUAAACAAGAUGAACCUGAAGAAACAGGGUGCUUGCAAGGGAAUGCUGAUGAGAAGGCUGAUGUGAUGGAAGAUGAAAUCAAAGCAGCAGAUUCUGAUUUACUGGAAAAAAUACAGGAUGAAAAUGUUCUGGAACAGGUUUUGGAAAGUGCUAUCAUUAACAGGGCUGAAAGCAAGGAGGAUCUGCAGGGUGGUAGAAAGGGUAGAGGUAGAUCCAGAGAUGACUGUACAAUAUCCUGAGUUCAGGAUCUCAAGCCUGCACAAGUUACAUGCCAUGUGACCAGUCCCAGGACAGAAACAUGCACUUUGCACAGGACACCAGACCCUAGGAAUGCUCUUACAACUUUUCCUUUGUAGGUAACUCAUCAUAAUGCAAUGUAUGUACGUGGUAGUGAUGCAAAUAUUACGUUAUUCGCUGACAUACCUGGCCACAAGAAGCUUUGAGUGGGUUUUGUUUUGCUGUGUCUCAGGUUAAUCACCAGGUUAAUGAGUUUCACAAAUUGACCAUGCAGACUAUCAUACCUCUGGUGUGGAUAACUGCUACUGAGGAAUUUCUGUAGGCAUUUUUUUAUUCUAGCCUAGAUGACAGACGUCCUGAAUGCACUUAUGUGCACUGGACCUUUGUGAACUUAUGCACAUGCUUACUUCUGCUUAGAGCUACAGUAAGUACAUUAACACUUCAUGAAGGAACUCAGCAGAUCAGCCACACUGAUGUCGAAACUUCUUUCAAGAUGAUUAAAAUCUAUGAAGCAAUCUUAUCUUUUAAAUAUGAAAAAGAAAAAAAAUAUUUUCAUUCCACUUCUCGUGUAUUUCUAUUAUGGUCACAUUCCAAAAUAUAGUAGGAUCACUGCGAAUCUGCUUAGUCUGAGCACUUUUGAAGAACAAUAUACAGUCUGAAGAAAGUGCAACAUAACAGGUCUUAGUUUGCUGAAAGGAAAAAAUAUAUACAUGUUUACUUCACCUAGGCACUUUGCACCACAAUAGGCCUUUCACACCAUGUCUCACAUGGGGUUUUUAUUUUUUCCAGAGAAAGUGUCAAUACACACUGUAAUGUGUGCUUGGGUCUGCUCUUAAGUACUGUCUAGACAUGAAUGUAUAAAAUACCUAUUUUUCCAAGAACAUUUUUGUUCAAAAUUGCAUUUCCUUACUGCAUUAUAUUUUUUUGCUAACUAUGAUUCUGAAAGAAUGUUUUUAUCUCUGAAACAAUCUUACCUCCUUCCUUCUGGAACGAAGAUAACUUUGCAUAUCUUAACUCUUACUGGGUAUCAGACCAAAGAUCACUGUUGUUCUGUGUACUAGCCCCUGUGCUUUUUGGAAAAGCUGGAUUGCUUUGAAUUCCUGGCAUAAAUUAGACACUUGAACUCCACUGCUGUAUUUCCUCUUGCAUCUUUGCUAGUGCCUGGGAGGAAGAGCAUGUUUUACAUACAUAAAUAUUCAUUUAAAGUUGUUUUAAGCAAUGAGCGUCACAAGAAAAUGCAAAUUGAGGGGGGUGGGGGCUAUGGAAGGCUGUGUUUGUAUUAUGUUACAAAGCUGAUAGAGUACAGACAGACUGCAAAAUUUCAAGAUGUGUAUCAAAAUGUGCUGCUGUAUAUAAUUUAAAUAAACGUAUUUUAUACUUUAAAUUACCUCUCCAGAGCACUGUUUCUAAACCUGCAUAAACAGUUAUUUAAAUCUGUAUAAUCUCAAACAUGUUUUUCUGCAGCUUUGUUCAGUUUAUUGUGUUGUGCUGCGUAGCUGGAAGAGUGAUCUUCCUAGGAUUGGGCAACCUCAGGGUUUGAGGAUCUUGAAUAUGUGAUGGCACCCUUAACUGUAAACCUCUAACAGGUCUGUAACCCUGUAACUCCUUUCACAUGGCUUCUCUCCACCUUACAGCAGACCCACCCUGGUUUCUGUAAGUAUCAGCAGUUGUUCCUAAAGGUUUACACUAAAUGGUAAUCCAAAAGGGCAAAGAUCUUAAGAGCAUUUCUUAUUAACAUGUAGCAGUGUUUAUUUAAAAGAUUUGGCUCAGCUGUACUCUCAACAGUAGUAUGUGGUUUAAUGUUGAAGGCAUGUUUUAAAUGUUAAAUACCCAUAAAUACGUCAUUAAAUGUGCUUCCCAGGCUUCACCUGUACAUGUGGAUGGAUCUAUCCGAGUUAAAUUAGCCCCAUGCCAGUAUUUCUUGGAUUUUUGAUACGAAUUCAUUUCUAACCGGAGUGCAUCUGGGUGGUUGAGGGAAUCACCGAUGAGCUGAUUUUUAACUAGUUUUUCAACUUCAUAAAACAAAGCAUCUGUAAGGUAAUUCCUUUUUAAAGCCAGGUCACAGAAGGAGAAACAACUCCAGUCUUGCCUGUCCACAUACCAACUUUUAUCCCACUCUCAGUGUAAACAGGGCAGGAGCAAGAACAUGGACAGGCAGUGUGGAGUGGCUGAGGUGCCAGAAAUCCAUGCUGGAGCAUUAGCUGCUUGUUACUUCUGCUGGCACCUGGUCCCUGACAUCUGGAAUUGGGCAAGUACCGUGGAAGAGAAGGUCACGGUAUUCUUUUACCUCUUUGGUUUUGCUUGAGUAUUUGCACAUCGAGGGAGAGGAGGAGGACUCCCAGGUAAAUUACCUUGAUGAUAAAGGCAACUACUAGAUAAUAUAUUCAAAGCUUAAUAAUUUCAUCAUUGUAUGCCAGCCAGCACUGAGUGAAAUGUGUGCCAGUAGAGAAGGAGACGAGACAGUGUUUCAGGGGGAAUUACCCAGAAAAUCCAUCUCUUGUGAAGUUACACAAUUGAAAAGAGUUUUUGGCAUUUCCCCUGCAACAGGUAACAGAUAGAAGGAAACAGCUGGUUUGUCACUUUCUUUGGUGGUUUUGACUUUCAGAUAUGAGAACGUGACCUGAGGAUGAGACUUCUGUCUUUCAGAAUAGCCCCAAAUGCUUGCUGGGUUUUCUGUUCAAAGCCCAGUGCCACGUGUAGCCUGUAGCCCAGGUUUGUGCAUAACUGCAAAUUCAGAGCUAGCCUGAAAUGCUUUCAAAAUCCACCGCUGAAGAAACAUACCUGAUGAAAAAGGAAACAAAAACAAUGAAAAGGUCUUUGUCAAGAUUUCCUUUACUACAGAAAAGAACAGACCUCCUGUUCCCUUCAAAGUCAGUAUUGCAAGCUGGUGUUUUCCAAAUCCUGUGCUGUCCCCAACGGUGUCUCUCUUCUGAGAAAGACAGGAAGGCAUUUCUUGAUAUCUUAUGUUGUUUUCUCCCGCUCCAAAUAAAUGGACAGAUCUGGAGAAAGGAGUGUUGUCUAAGCUGCUAAUGAUCCCACAGUCAGAUUCUUGCAGGCCGUUCUGAGCAGCUGCUCGGGGCUGCUGCUGUGGUUUCAUGGGAUGUCUUUCCAUCCUCCAGGUAGAAUUUAUCCUUUCAUUUGCAUAACGAUUAAUUGCUUGCUGGGCCACACAUCAUGUAACUCAUGCAGAUAAAAACAGCUCCUUCCCAUCCCAUGGGAAGUUCCAUUCCAUCCCUCCAAGCGGGAAGAACCAUGGAGGACCUGUGGCUGAUUUGGGGAUGUUUGGUCAAUGGUGCUACUGAAGCAGCACCCGAGAUAGCAGUGAGGUUACCUGCAGUGCCAAGGCAAUGAGAACAGUCAAUUCAUUUACAAAGAAUGACAGAAGACAGUGGUCAGCCCCCUGUGUCCUGCUCCCUCACAGGCCCCGUUCCUCCUUUGGUCCUCUGUUAAACUCUUUUGUGUGGGAAAGCCAUGAACUGGUGCAAUGAGUAUCCUGGGAAUCAUGUUUUCCAAAGUGAAGUGAGGUUAAUGUCACACUCUAAUUAUUCAUUGUAGUAUCUUUGUAUGUGAAAUAAGGAUAACGACUGUUACAGAUAAGAAUUUCAAUUAGCUGCUUCAGUGGCCUAAUUCAGUAGAUUGUUCUUUCCUGCUCACCUGUUCUCAGAGUCCUCAGAUCCUUGAUUUGUUGGAAAAAUGUCUCCUAAAUGCAAAAUUAAGGUGACUGCAGAGAUAGCAAAGCUGAAGUAAGUUUUCUGUGUUAGUGUGGGGGUUUAAAUGAUAAGUGAAAUCUCAAAGACCUUCAUCUCUACGGGCAGAAAAGGAAUUUUCCAAACUAAUUUUCUCCCUGGUCCUGUAAAUCCUGCUGCCAGCAUGUCCCAGAGGGGAGCACAGAUAUCCAUAAUGAGGGAAAAGAGGACUGAUGGUGAGAUUUGAAGGUUCAUCCCCAAGUGCUAACAUUCAUUUUGCAGGGAAAGGGCUUAGGGGAAGCUGAUAUGAUUCUUUCCUGGAAGCUGGAGGAGGUGUCCUUUACUCAGGCAGGUGUGUUUCACCCCACAGCAGCGGUUGCGUUAAUGAAUGUUAUAACUAAAUUAUUUUCAGGAUCAAGGUGGAUUAUUUGGCUCCUAUAGAGUCAGUAAGUCUGGGCUAAUUUUGUAGUGGCCCAGAGGUUUCCUGCUGCCUCAGUCCUUGUUCUCCUUCCAGUCCUUAGAACUCCAUUUCUCAAUCUUUGCCAACCUGUGACUCCCAAAACUCUCUCAGAGUAUGUUCAACCUGUCUUUUACUGUUUCCUCUCCUUGCUUUCUUCACUGUCUUUUAUUUUUCUUUAUCUUUCAUAUUUUUACAGAUUUUCUGUGUUAAGUUUCCUUCCCAUAUAGAUCUGUGAAAUUAUUAUUUUGAAGGGGUUUAUACCUGUAAAUUUUGGUUACUCUUGAUAGUUUACAAAAAUGUGGGGGGUUUGUUUGUUUUGUUUGUUUAGUUUUUCCAUUGAAACAGGUGUAACAAUGUUGGGUUAAAAAAAAAAAAAAAGAUAGGACUUGAGAAGGGUUAAAAUGAUGGCAUAGAAUAGCUGCACUGGGAUGUCACAUUCAGAUCUGUAGUGGGGUAUUGCAUCAGAAGCCAAGGUAAAGGUUUUAUUCCAUGCUCUGGUAUGACUGCUGGUUAUGGGGAAUUUGUAUAGCCAGGAGGGAAAUGACAUGCCACAUUAUUGCUAGCUAAUGGACUGUAUAUGUCUGCUGCAUAGAGGGACUUUCAUUUGAAAACCAGUUUUCCCCACGAUUUGAUUCAAUGCUGACUCUUUAUUCCCUUUAACUGCGUGUACUAACAAGAAAAAAAGGGAGAACCACAAGAACCAUAAGAGUUUGAUCUGUUCAGGAUUUAAGGGCAAAGGAGGACUGGCAUUUUUAAAGCUCUUCAAAAACACUCAGUCAACAGAAUUUACCCGGUAAAAGCCCUCCAGGCUCUUAUCUGUAAUUUGUCAAUUGCUUUCCUUAAGUUUACAAAAAGACCUUUUUCUUGAGUGACCUUUGGAUUUUCACAAUUUAAUUAAUUAGCAGGCCAGACCUUAUCUCUGGAGCUGAGCUCUGAACACCUUGGGUUCUGCCCAGGUGGCUGCCUGCUGGCAAGGGAGGCAAGCUAAAUAAACUUGCAGUAAACACCCACGUCAGACUUGGGGACUGAGUAAGACCUGGCUGAGGUCAACAGAGCCUCUUCUAAGAAGUGCCUUUGAGUGCUACAUUCCAGUGGACUUCUGCUUGAGGUGCACCUGAACAGCAGGGGUUGUUAAUUGAUGAGAUAAUUUUAGUGAUAAGAGAAUGUGUGAGUACCUGAUAAAAUGCUUUCAUGUUUUGCACCCCUUAUUGGGGAAGGAAACAACCCAAGCAAUUCAGUUACUUAAUUUGUAGUUCUUUUUUCCAGUUGUCUCAGUCUGUAGAGUGCUCUUCAUUAAUGAAAGCCACACAUAUCCAUGUGCUGAUCUGUGACACUUCCAAGUGCAAGUGCAGCACAACAGCUGGCCCAGAUUGCCCAUGGCCUCUUGAUGUCUGACAUGGGGAACUGACUGUGAAGAGGAAAGAAGGUUUUACCAGACUGCUGCAUUCAAAACACAAAUAGUUUGAUGGGCAAAUGUUUUUCUGGUCAUAAUACUGGAGACAAAAGUCAUUGCCAUGUAAAAGAAGGGAAGAUUUAAAGUGAUGAGAACGUGCUUAGCAAUGAUUAUAGGUUUUUUACAGUAUUUUCAUUGUGCUAAACUGUAAAGAUUUGUGAGAUUUUGUGUUGCAGUUGUGUUUGACCCUAGAGUUCUUGCAUGCUAACCUAACGUAGAAGAUUAGCCUCUUUGCAUGCAGCUACUGCCGUGACAAGCAUGUUCUGUGAGAAUGACAUAACCUCCCCUGGCUGCAGCCCCUUCCCAGCCCUGUCUGUGGCCUCAUUUCCUGUGGUACGUGCAUUACUCCCUCCACCAGUAGUUUCACUAACCUUAACGGUUCAUCACAUGUCCCAGACGUGCUCCAGAACAUGCUGUGCGGUCACGCCACUGAACCUUCACUCUUGUCUUUCAGACAGGCUGAAAAGGCUCAUUGAUGAACGAGAAUCCCUACUAGACCAGGUAA